AUGUCGAGUAGUAGAAAUGGGGUACAUCACGAUGGUGGACAAAUACUAUCGUCACCACUCAUGAAUGCAUCUAUACUUCCCCACCAACUUCAACAUCAUCAACAACUGCAACAAGUGGAAGAAUCAAGCAAACUGGAUCAGAAUCAUAUCACUCCAGUCAAUGCCAAGUCUAUAUCGAAACGAAAGAAGAGGAAACAAAAGUCAAAGAACAAAUCACAACUGUUCAAUCAGAAAGAGAAAGAAGUUGUAGUGGUACAAACUACGGAAAUACCCCACGAUCAGAAACAAUCAAUAUCGAUAACAGAAGAACCAGUGAUACAGACUAAACAUGAAGUAGUGGAUGAAAACAUUCCAAUAAUACAGGAAAUACCCACUCCUCAAAUACAUAUCAUCAAAGAUAAACCAACCAGUGAUAAUCAUCAUAAAGUACAUAACGAUAUUUUACAACCACCAUUUCAAAUCAAAUCAACAGGUCUUAGGCAAACUUUAAGUCCUAGGAAACAAACAUUAAUGAGACAUAAACAAAGUGAAGAAGAUCUUAAUUAUAUCAAUGAGUUAAAAGGAACUUUAAAAUCAAAUAAAACGAGUCCUUCAUUCUCCCCACCUGUAAAUUCUACAUCACAAUCAUUAUCUACCAAUACAAACCUUAAUAUGGAUGAAAAAGUAACAUUAUUCAAAUAUAAAUCAUCAAAAAUACUCGUAUAUGAUGAUGACGAUUCAAGUUCUUAUAAUUCAAAUAAUAGUGGAUCUUUAUUAAGUUUUGGAGAAUUAGAAAUAUUUCAAUUACAUAAAGGCGAUAUAACGUACAUAUCAUGUGGUUCAUCAUUCAUAUAUCCUUUAUUACCAAAAUUAAAGAUCUUAAGGAUCAAUUUCAAUCAAUUUAUCUUACCAUUGAUUAAUCCUGAGAGAUAUUGGAAAAUUAUCAUUAAUUCAGAUGAACCUAAUGUCAUUCAAGUUUUAGAAAAUACAUUUGAGAGAAUUGUAAAGUAUAGAAAUUUAUAUAUAAAGGGAACCACUGCUGAUAUUAAACAUGAAAUUAAAGCUCAUACUCCAAUUGAAGAGACUACAACCAUACCUAAGAUCAUCAAGACUAAGGAUCCAAUCAGGUCAACCCCAAACGAUUUUCAAUUCCCUAUUAUAUCUAAUGAAAUUCCUGAUUCUCCUCCUUCAGCACCUUUAUCUCCCCAUAAUAACGGAUUAGAAUAUGCUCCUAUAAGCCCUAUUAAGCCACCAGCACCACCUCAUACAACCCAUCAUCAGUUGAAUAAAAAAGCAUCGUCUCAAUCGAUAACCACUGUUAUGGCAUGCCUUGAUGUGAAUCCUUUACCAUUAUCACCAACCGGUAAGAGUUUAUUCCAACCUAAACCAAAGAAAAUGGCUCAUACUAACGCUAAUCCUUAUCAAUUAAAUCGGUUGAAUGAACAUGAUGAUGAUAAAUCUGAUUCAUCGAUGGAUUCUUUAUUAGAUGAAUAUGAAGAAAAUAUCACCAAGACGAAAUCGAUCACCUUUACAAGAUCUCGUCCCCCAACUCGUCCUCAAUCUAUGGCAUCUUCGAUUAAAUAUUCAUCAGUAAAUUAUUCUCGAGUAUAUCCUAAUAAUAACGAACUUGAAGAAUUCCCAUCUACAUCUUUAAGUGAAUAUAAUCGGAUUCAUAAUAGUGGAGGAGGCGGUGGAGGCGCUGUCAGAUCAAGACGUUCAUCCAGAAGUGAAUUAUAUACUUCUGAGACGAAUUGGAUGGAACCUAAUUUUGAUUUCCAAUCUCAAACCAAUAUCAGUGUGAAUACUCCAAAUGGUAAUAAUAAUAUUAAUACUACUAAUCCAAGAAUCAUUACAAAAUCGAAAUCAAAUUAUAGUAUUAAUAGUAAUUCCCAAGCUUCACUUUCAUUAGGUCAUUCCCAAUCGCAACCUCAAUUUGAUUUGAAUAAGACUUAUCGAAAUAUAUAUAAAUCGAUUGCUCAACGGAAUUUAAAAGCUGGUCUUGAAGAUGAUUCAAAUCAUAGAUUACCUACAAUAACAGCCAAUGUUCAAAGUGAUUUCCGAGGCUCAUCAUCAUCCCAAUUAUCAUCAUCUCAACAAAAGAGAGAUAGAUUAUAUCCUAAUUCCACCACCAAUAUCGAUCAAUCACAGAAUACGUAUAAAUUAGGAUCAUCAGAGAUAUAUCAACUUAUUUCGAAGAAGGAGAAUUUACAUAAUGCCAGAAUCCCUCCUCAAAAGCAUAUUUCAACCACCAAUACCACCAAUAUCACGAAUUCAUCACGUACACCACUGGCUGGGAACACCAUACCGAGAUCGACAUCAUUCACAUCAAGAUUAUUCGGAUGGUGA